AACACGCGAGUUGCGGCGUGUCAAACAGGCGGGUAUAUUAAUCAUAUCAGCUCACACCGCACUCGCAGCCCGCAAGUCGCACUGAGGACCACAUACCUUACCAUGGCCGAUAACGUCAGCGGUUACUCUCAGAGAUGUUCCUAUUGUCUCAACGCGGUUGACAAGACCAACCUCAAGUCUUGCAGUGGUUGCCGAAUGGUCCGCUACUGCUCGCGUGCAUGCCAGGAGAACGCCUGGCCAACGCACAGAGCAAGCUGCGCUACUGGCGGGGACUUCAAGGAUUCUCUGGAUCAACGGAGCAAGAAGCUGAAUCACAGCUUCACGAAAUUCCUCGACUACUAUCGCCCGUUGAUCUGCAUGACCGCACCAUCCGCAUUCAAUCUCGCGAACAGCUCGCCAGACAAGCUUGCUACGCAUUGCAUGUAUGUAGUCCUCGAGCAGCAGCCCGCAGCCCAAGCUGCUCCAUUCUACUUCAAGGUCAGCAUUGUUGCGUAGCAGAAAUCUGCUCUUCGCCCCGGAUUGCUAACUACGUCCACGUAGAUGGUCAGCGGUCAGAUCAUCUCUCGCCGAGAGAUGGUCGACGUCUUCAACUCGCUGGAUAUGACCCAGGAGCAGAUUGACGGCUGGGCGCGCGAUGACCGCGGUGACCACACCGUGCAUAUCGUCUUCCAGUUCGCAGCCAUGUGCCGCUUCCUGUGGUUCUCCCUCCACGACAUCGGAGGCUACCGGUCUAUGAACCCUGACAUUGCGAACAAGCUCGCAAACGAAUGGGCAGAUGCCCUAGCUGCCGCGAUGAACAUUGGGUACGCAGGCCCUGGCACCAGUAGCAGAUAGAUGACCGGUCCUCCGCUGCUCCGAGUCUAGAAUGGCAGUGCAUCGCAAAUCAUUGGACCCGUUGCUUUCUUGCUUUCUCAAAUUGUUAUCGA